GAGAGCGAAACACGACACCGGAGAGAGGAACCAGGGGGAGGAGAAAGAGUAGCCACGGAGUACAGAAUGUUAGUGAGUGGAGGAAGAAAGAAAGUCUAAAGAGAGGACGACUGCUAUUCUACAGAACGGUUAUUUUAGCGAAUAUGUCAAACAACGAGGAAGAUGCGAUUGAGAUGGAGUAAACAACUCGACAGUUCGUGAAAGUAUAUGCAAACAAGGAAAGAAGGGUUUUCGGUUUGUGUGCUUGUCGGGACGGUUGACCGUGUUCCGCUGCACCUCGAACAGGACAAGGCGAAGUUGCCGUGGGACAAACAGCAGUGAGCUACAUCAACUGACUGCGAUUCGGGGAAAGUAACGUUACCCCGAUCGCUACAGUUGAGGAAGGGGGUAUUGGGAAAGAAAGUGGAAGCAAAGGGGCCCGUGAGUGGAGCAACGGUGGAAAGUUUAACGUUAGCCUGUUCCCCCCUCGUUUUUCCAUUCCGAACCAAAGGAAGGGCUCAGAGGGAGACGACUUUUCCUUCCACAAACGCUGACUUGAGAUCCACCAAGCUCGCUAGCGAACGUAAACUACCUUGCAACACUCAAAAUGAAAACCCCCGGAGAUUCGGAUCCUGCCACGUGAAUCAGGAGAAAGUUGGAGGCCUCAAACCCCGACGAAUGGGAUUGGUCGGCAUUGACUUGGCCUGAUAUUUAUCACGGAACUAUGGACUCCUGUUCUUCUCAGGCAGAGUAAUAGUUAUGUGGAGAGGAUGUUCGUCAUACUGAACAGGUUUGCCUUUCCAGACUGGGCCUACAAACCCGAGUCGAGCCCCGGCUCGCGACAGAUCCAGCUGUGGCACUUCAUCCUGGAGCUGCUGAGGAAGGAGGAGUACCAUGAUGUCAUCGCCUGGCAGGGGGACUAUGGAGAGUUUGUCAUCAAGGACCCUGACGAAGUGGCCCGGUUAUGGGGGGCCCGCAAGUGCAAACCCCAGAUGAACUACGACAAGCUGAGCAGGGCACUCCGGUAUUACUACAACAAGAGAAUCCUUCACAAGACCAAAGGGAAGAGGUUCACCUACAAGUUCAACUUCAACAAACUGGUCCUGGUCAACUACCCUUUCAUAGACAUGGGCUCCACAGGUAGUGGUGUUCCUCAGAGUGCUCCACCAUUACCUUCCGCAGCCGGAACUCAUUUCCGCUUCCCACCGUCCACGCCAUCCGAGAUGCUUUCACCCAAUGAGGACCUGCGUAGCCCCGGGGGCGUGUUCAGCGCCGUGGCUCGACGCAUGGCUCGCGGCUCGGUCAGCGACUGCAGCGAUGGGACCUCCGUCAACUCUGAGAUCGAGGACGGCAACGGGGGAGGAGGGGAGGACAGGGGGGGAGAGAGGGGGCUGAGUGGGGGAGGAGGAGGAGGGCCAGGGGGAGGAGGAGGAGGGUACAGGAGUAUGAUCCACCCCCGUUUGUCACAUGAGUCUCUGUUUAGGAUGUAUGGUGGAGCUGGGAACCCCAACGCCCACCCAGGCUCCCGCGGCCCCCUGGGACACAGGGUCCACCCCGACAACCUGUCUCCCUUCCCCGUGUCCCCCCUGCCUGGCCCUGGGGGUGCAGGGCUCAUAGCCCCACCUCUGUCCCCAGCCCUGUCCUUGACCCCCUCUUCCCACCUGCCCUACACCCCAUCCCCCUCCCUCUCCCCCAUGUUGGGCUCCCACUUCUCCUUCAACCCUGAGGAAAUGAAGCGCUACCUGCAGGCCCACCACCAGAGUGUCUACAACUACCACCUCAGCCCCAGAGCCUUCCUCCACUACCCCAACGUCAUCAUUCCCCAGCCACACCGCCUCGCCCAAGACAAGAGAGAACUGGGUGAGAGGGGAGGAGCAGAGAGAGGAGGAGAACGCUCAGGUCUGAAUAGUCAUCGACACCCAUCACCCCUGUCCCAAUCCCACUCUCCUCACCCUCACUCAGCCCACCCUCACCCGCACUCAGCCCACCCUCACUCGGGCCAUUCCCACCCCAUCCACCACCCACUGCACCUGGGUGAGGAGCCGCCUCACCUCUCGCCCUUCAAGUUCAAGCUGCAGCCUCCUCCAUUGGGCCGGAAGCAGAGGGACGGUAGCCAGGACCACCACCCCAGGCAGAGCUCUCUGUCCUCGGGCUCAGGGUCCCUGUCGUCCUCCGGUCUGGGGUCCUCCCUGUCCUUCGGCAGUGACCUGAGCUCAGCCGGCGGGUCAGGACUCAUCUCCGACUCCUCCUCCACCGGCUCCCUCAACAGCACCGGGCUGCCCAAGAUCAAGGUGGAGCCCAUCUCAGAUAUUGAGUCAGAAGAGGAGGUGGAGGUGACUGACAUCAGCGACGAAGACCCCGACGACCGGGGCGACGAGUACGACCUCUUCUCCCCCCGACACCCCCGGCCUCACCCCCACCACCCCAACGGGACCUCCUCCCACCCACACCCCCACGACGAGGACCUGGAUGAGGAUGUCUUCAAGGCCCCCGCGCCCCCCCCUCCAGGCCUGCUGCCCUUCUUCACCUCCCACCCCCACCGCGGACCUCCCACCCUGAAGAGUGAGCCGGCCGAGACAGGCGACACCCCCCCUCCCCAGUCCCCCGCCCAGGGGCAGACCAAGUGCAUUCCACUCAAGCUGCGCUUCAAACGGCGCUGGAGUGAAGACCAACGAAUGGAGGCCAUGGAAGAGCAGGACGACAAGAAAGUACGAGGGGAGAAGGAGAGGGAAAGAGAUAUGGAGAAGAAUGGAGGGAUGCAGGAGAACGGGGCUGGCAGCGCCCCCAGUCCCCCAGCCCUGGGGGGGUAUGAGUGUUCCCUCCCGUCGGCUCAGAGGGGGGUGAACCAGGACCUGCACCAGGCCACCGCCCAACUGUCACUGGAGAACAAGGACUGCUGAUGCUGAUCCACACACACAUAGAGAUACAUAGAAACACUAAUGCUAGCAGACAGUGGUGGUUUAGGACAGUGUAAAUGACUCCUGAGGUCCUCCUGCCACUCUGACAGGCAGACAGUUCUCUCUUAACUCAAACUAAACCUGGGCCUAAUCAAACUCCAAACCCUGAUGCAGUCCACACCCUCCUCCCAAAGCCCUUACCUUCUACUGUAACGAGACCCCUCCCUCAGGGACUGUUGAAGAAGAGAGGGGACUUUUGGUCCAAGCAAGCCCAGACUCAGUGACUUAAACCAGGGGCAGAACCAGAGGGGACGCUACUCUCUGCUUGUGUCUGGAUGGAACCCCCAAGCCAGUUUCCUGUCCAGCCCACCAUCAGCCUCAUAUCCAGCCUCCAGCCCAGCACUGCCCCACAUCUCUUGCCCCACAUCUCUUGCCUCACGUCUCCUGCCUUCUGCCCCCCCCCCCCCCCCCCCUCUAGGGUUAGACUCUUUCUCCUCAGGGGACCCCAACUCCGACAGCCCAGCUCCACAGCCCUGCAGACAAUUUAUUUUUGUAUAGAGAUGAAGACGGGGCUUCUACAAGUGCCUGUACCUGUAUCAGACACACACAGAGAGAGAGAGAGAGAAGACUGAGAGGAGGAAAGCAUCGGUGUAAAAGUAUGAUCCUGAAGAAGGCACAGUGAUGCCGAAACGUUGGUGAUUUACCCAAUAAAUGACCGGGAGUUUAUACAUAGUGUGAGACUCUCUCUAUUAUUUAUGUAAUAGUAUCCCCCCCGUUCUUACCCAUAAUAGACACACAGGAAAGUUGGGCUGUCGAUUGGGGGGCUGUGGAACCUAGUCGUGGUGAACUGGCAGAGACUCCUCCUCGCAAACAAUGGCCACUCCACUCAGGGAUGCCACAGACACACACACACACCAGCUGCUGGGGAAACGGACAGUGGCAGGACUUUGGGACAUGGAGGCUUUGCUUUUGGACUGCUACUGAAGGGUACUGCUAUUCAACACACUUUAUUUCUCUCUAACACUCCUCUGUCAUCACUUUGUACUUUCCUCUCUUUCUGUAAUCUUUUCUCUCUCUCCUACUUCCUUCCCUUUCUUUUGUGGACCAUGCCUGAAAGAUCCUGAUCUAAAUGAGAAGGGAGAGGGUGGAGGAUAAACCGAGGGGGGAGGGAGCAGUGGCUCGGUUGUUAGAUGACAGAGAGGAACAGCGAGGGGACUAUUGGGAGGGGGAGAGAGCUCUCCUAUGGAAAAGGAGAGUGAGGGGUCCAGUAUCUUUUAACUGUUAGCUUAGCCUAGCUUAUCCUUGUCUAUCCCAUGGCAGGGCAAAAGCAAGUGCCACCUGCACAGAAUCCUAGUUCACCAGCUCCACCCAAAUCCCUUACUCCUGUUCUAUCAACCAUAGUCUCAUAGUGUUAACUAAACCAGCAGAAUACGCACACAACACCGCAUAUGCAAGCACACCUGUAGACACACACACACAUAUAUAUAUAUAUAUACAUAUAUACACACAUAUAUACAGUGCCUCUCUAUGCCUUGUUUUAUAGCAUGUAUAAACUCUUUACAAGAGUCUUAAUAAAAAAAAUAUAUAUAAAACGAGAAAGUCCAACUGAGAUAUACACACUCGUUUGUAUAAACUAUAUAUUUAUACACUGAACAAAAAUAUAAAUGCAACAUGUAAAGUGUUGGUCCCAUGUCCCAAAUAAAAGAUCCCAGACAUUUUCCAUACACACAAAAAAAGAUUAUUUCUCUCAAAUUUUGUGCACAAAUUUAUUUAUAUCCCUGUUAGUGAGCAUUUCUCCUUUGCCAAGAUAAUCCGUCUACCUGACAGGUGUGGCAUAUCAAGAAGCUGAUUAAACGGCAGAUCAUUACACAGGUGUACCUUGUGCUGGGGACAAUAAAAGGCCACUCUAAAAUGUGCAGUUUUGUCAAAUAACACAAUGCCACAGGUGGCUCAAGUUUUGAGGGACCGUGCAAUUGGCAUGCUGACUGCACGAAUGUCCACCAGAUAUGUUACCAGAGAAUUGAAUGUUCAUUUCUCUACCAUAAGCCACCUCCAAUGUUGUUUUAGAAAAUGUGGCUGAACGUCCAGCCGGCCUCACAACCGCAGACCAUGUGUAUGGCGUCGUGUGGACGAGAAGUUUGCUGAUGUCAACGUUGUGAACAGAGUGCCCCAUGGUGGCAUUGGGGUUAUGGUAUAGGAAGGCAUAAGCUAUGGACGAGGAACACAAUUACAUUUUAUUAAUGCCAAUUUGAAUGCAGAGCGAUACCGUGAUGAGAUCCUGAGGCCCAUUGUCGUGCCAUUCAUCCACUGCCAUCCCCUCAUGUUUCAGAAUAAUGCACUGCUCCAUGUCGCAAGGAUCUGUACACAGUUCCUGGAAGCUGAAAAUGUCCCAGUUCUUCCAUGGCCUGCAUACUCACCAGACGUCAUGCAUUGAGCAUGUUUGGGAUGCUCUGGAUCGACGUGUACGACAGCGUGUUCCAGUUCCCGCCAAUAUCCAGCAACUUUGCACAGCCAUUGAAGGAGAGUGGGACAACAUUCCACAGGCCACAAUGAACAGCCUGAUCAAUUCUAUGCUACCUUUUCUUUAAGGUAUCUGUGAAGAAUAGAUGUUUAUCUGUAUUCCCAGUUAUGUGAAAUACAUAGAAUAGGGCCAAAGGAAUUUAUUUCAAUUGACUGAUUUCCUUCCAUGAACUGUAACUCAGUAAAAUCUUUGAAAUCGUUGCAUGUUGCGUUUAUAUUUUUGCUCAGUAUAUAUUAUAUAUGAAAUUCCAAACGGAUAUAAAAACUAAAACAACUUAGCAUUUAAUGAAUUGAUAGAUUUAGGAUGUUUUUGUAAGCGAUUCGUUCUGGUAGGCGAGGGGAGAGAAUAUCCUGUUUCUCAGCGGGUAAACUUCCUUAGGGGAGGGAGACAACGGGAUGGGUAGGAGUCCAAAUUUUUUUGUUAUGGCCAAGGGACAACAAACGACACAGCAUAGACAGACAAAAUAAUGAGAAUCAUGAAAGAACUGCAUUUGUAGUACACUGAAUAUGUAGUACACUGAAUAUGCAGUACACUGAAUAUGCAGUACACUGAAUAUGCAGUACACUGAAUAUGCAGCAGUAUCCUUUAAACAUGCCUAUUCUAUCUGCCAUCACGGUCCGCUACUCCCCCUCAGCUUGUAGAAGACCUGACCACCAUCACCUGUCCCCAGUCUCCCUCUGGGCUGGUCUCACCUUACGGGGACCUCAUCUCACGGUAAUAGGUCUCACAACUCACCCCUGGACCCAGUGGGAGUGAUUGAGCUCAGGGUUAGCCAGGCCAGGGGAUUUUAGUUGAUGGGAUAUCCUGUCGUUUCUCAGCUCCAACCAGUUAUGCCAGUGCUCUACAGCAGCCAGUUUACUAAUCGUGACUGGAUCGGCUAUAUUCCCAGCAGGUUGGUGGGGGAGGAGGUUGAGGUUAAGGAUUGCUGUACAGAUAACAGUGGAGGCUGGAAAGCUGACGUGAGACUUCACCUGGAAUACCCUGCCCACUAUCUCAAACACACACACACAGACUCACAUUUCCAAACCCCUCCCACACAUUCUACCCACACUGUUUUGCUGCUUUGAUGUUUUGACAUCCUGGAGCGUUCGAGGUCUGGAGACUGGGCCAAACGGCCCUCUGAUUGGCUCAGGGCAAUCAAAGACUUGACCAACCAGUAAGAACUCUAGCAGGAAUGGCAGGCCUCCAGACUGGGAAGUGUUAUUGUCCAUCGUGGUGGUGUUGUAUAUCUGACCACACACACUCUCUGUCCCCCUCUCUCAUCUCCACCUCACCCCGUGUCUAUUGAAACUGACAGCUGCCUUAUAAACUACUCAUCAUAUCUAAGCAACAGACUGGGCAUUAUUCUGCUUGUUCUCUUUUUUUCUCUGUUUCUCUCUUCAUCCCUUUUUCUUUCUCUUUAUUGCCAGCAUUGUCUGUCUACCUGACUGUUAACUGGAGUGUGUGGGAUGGGAAUAUCCAGGUCUCAUGUCUAAGUCGGCAGUCAGGAGCGGGCUAGAGAAAGUGUAGAAGGAUAACAACAUUUCUUUAGUAAAGUAAAAACAUACUCCUGAUGUUCUUUUCCUUUUUGAUGUCGAUAUUGCUGUUUAUUAUUGUUAUUGUUAUGGUUGGUUUACUUACCUCUCCAUCCUUCUCAUUAUUAGUCCAUGGUUGAGUUACUACUGCUUUAGGGUUGUUGUGAACUGUACAUCACACUGUCAUCGUGACGUAGACCUCUCCUCCAUGCUUCUGUUAUGACCCCCUACCAGCUCCUGCCCCCUCCUCAGACUUUCAUGUAGUUUUAACAUUUGUAAUAUAAACUAAAGUGUAAUAUUCAUUCGGAGAGGGGUUGUUAUGGCGACAGAGAAGAGGUUGGCAGGGGUGGGGUUUAUUGGGAAGGGAGGAGGGGGAUACGUAUGAUUAUCUCUUGUCAUAUAUUGUCAUUUCUAUUUUACUAUGUUACUUUCUCUCUUGGUCUUGUAUAUUUUUUCAUUUUGGGGAUUGUUUCAUUUAAAAGAAAAACAGAUUUGUAUUGUUUUACUGUGUAAAGCCCCCCCCCCCCCUAUGCGGUUAUAUAACACUCAAACAGAGAAAUGAGAUUUAAUACCAUGAUGUAAUAUUGAAUUUCUCUUUAAUUCUUUUGUGUUUAUUUUUCAAACUUGUAAUUAAGCUGUAAACAGGGUUAAUUAAAACUGGUUAAAAAACAA